AUGGCGGUCGGAAAGAACAAGAGACUCUCCAAGGGCAAGAAGGGCCUUAAGAAGAAGGCCGUCGACCCUUUCUCUCGCAAGGACUGGUACUCGAUCAAGGCUCCCAACCCUUUCAACAUCCGCGAUGUCGGCAAGACUCUUGUCAACCGCACCGCCGGUCUUAAGAACGCGAACGACGCCCUCAAGGGACGCGUUGUCGAAGUUUCCCUCGCUGACUUGCAGAAGGAUGAGGAACACUCUUUCCGCAAGGUUCGCCUCCGUAUCGAUGAGAUCCAGGGCGACAACUGCUUGACCAACUUCCACGGCCUCGACUUCACAUCUGACAAGCUCCGCUCGCUCGUUCGCAAGUGGCAGAGUCUGAUUGAGGCCAAUGUCACCGUCAAGACUACCGACGACUACCUCAUCCGCCUCUUCGCCAUUGGUUUCACCAAGCGCCGCCCCAACCAGAUCAAGAAGACCACUUACGCCGCUUCUUCCCAGAUCCGUGCUAUCCGCCGCAAGAUGACUGAUAUCAUCCAGCGCGAGGCUUCUAGCUGCACUCUCACCCAGCUCACCUCUAAGCUUAUCCCCGAGGUUAUUGGCCGCGAGAUUGAGAAGUACACACAGGGUAUCUACCCUCUCCAGAACGUCCACAUCCGCAAGGUCAAGCUGUUGAAGUCCCCCAAGUUCGACCUCGGUGCUUUGAUGGCAUUGCACGGAGAGUCUGGCACUAACGAGCAGGGCCAGAAGGUUGAGAGAGAAUUCAAGGAGCGUGUCUUGGAGGAGGUUUAA